GUUUCGUAUUACUGCUUCGCGCCGCGUUCGCGGGGCGCUCGCCCGCGGCGCGGGUCCGGCGUGCUCUGCCACGCGUUCCGCCCGCCCUCCCCGCCUCGCGCGCGUGGUGCGCGUGUUCGCUGUGGGUGCUGGUGUGCGAGUGUGUUUUCUUCGCGCGACGUGCCCUGCCCCUGUGCGGCCUGGCCGCGUGCCGGCCCAAUCCGGCAAUGGCGUCCCGCUUGUGGGCGUCGCUCGCGUGGCGGAUUCCGCGCGUGGGCCACGUCGUGCUCCUGGCGCGAGGGCACGGGCGCCCCGCGCAGGGCGCGCCGUUGCUGACCUUCCUCGGGUCUGGCGUCGACAGCUACGCGACGCGCGACCGGACUUGGCCGCGGCCGGCGGUCGAGGUGCUGUCAGCCAACGGGAUCGAAUGCCCAGAGGACAUGGUAAAGCUCAACGUCAGGGCGGAGACGUUCGUGCAGAACGGGCCGGUCGAGGGCAAAGGCGCUUUAGGGCACCGCAAGCCCGUCGCCCGCGUGACUAUCGCCGCGGGGCUGGGCAAGGUGUCGCUGGCCAACCUGCCGGCAUCGUGCCGGCCGUCUCCCCAGCCCUCCGACUGCGCGCAGAGUCGGGCCACGGCCGCGGAGGGCGAGGGCAUCGGGAAGCAGGGCGACCUGCCGAGCAUCCUGCAGCGGUGCGUCGCCUUCGACAGGUGGGCGAUCGUAGCGGAGCUCGCCGGCCAAAUGGCGCACGCGGCUUCCAUGGCGCACAGGGAAGUCGUGAUGCAGCUCGCCUUGUCGGCGCGGAUCAAUCAGCGCACGACCGCGAUCGCCGUGUUUUACGACGAUAUCGCCGGGCGCCAGUGGGCCGACCUGGCUGCGGGCCAAGACAACUUCGACGCAGCCACGGCCGCGCUGCCCCAGGACUCGCCCAUCAUGCCCAGGACGGAGCGUGAGCGCCUCGCUCGCGGGCUGCCGGCGGCGCAGGAUUCAACCCCGUCGCAGUCAAAGGGCAAAGGCAAGGGCGUCGCCCGGGGCCACAAGGGCGGCAGCGACUACAACGCGAAGGGCGCCAAGGCCAAGGGCCACGGCAAAGGGGGCAAAAGCCGCGACAAAGAACGCGAGGGCUACUCAUCCGAGGGCGCCGCCAGCGGGUCGCAGGAGCCCACGACGCCAUGCAUGCGCCAGAAGAGGGAGCAAGGCCGAGCGCAGGGCUGCGCCGCCACACUUCGGCCCGCUUGUCGCGGGGGUCAAUGUCCCGCGCGCGCGCGCGAACUGGCGCGCGAGUCAGAACGGCGCGACGCCGAAUGCAUAGAUUUCUUCACGCGCGGCGCCUCUCUGAUGGGCAACCUGGCGCGCGGCGGCAACGGCCGCGCGCUCGGCCCAGGCGAGCGCCCGGGCGACGCAAGCGCAGCGGUCAAGGAGCUCAGGACCAGCGCCCUCGAGGGCAACGCGUCGUUGCUCUCCUCAAUUCGCGCGGGCCCGCGCGCCAGCGAGCUGCCGCAGAAGACGCGGGGCGAGGCGGUGCUGGGCAGGAUGUCUCCGCCCCGGGCGUUUAAACGCGACGUCUCCGCGCUCGAGCUCGCCGCGGCAUGGGGCGAGAUAACUUGCAUGGCUCUCAGGUGGGCUGCCGUCAGCAUCUUUAAAAAGGGCGACCGCCUGUGGUGCUCUCAGCAUCAAGCGCGCGCGCUAGCUUCUUGCCGCGACUGGGGCCGCGUGGCCGCCAUGCUUGCGCACUUCGCCAGACAGCUCGCAAUGCUGCCCGUGCUCCGGCACGUUGAUGACUACUUCUCGCCGGAUCGUUCCGGCGCGGUCGAACACGCGAAACUUUGUUUUGCGCGCAUCAUCAGGGCCGCGCUAGGCAGCAUCGCGGCGGCUGACUCGAAGCUGGCGCACGGGGCCCAGCUUGUCGUGCUCGGCGCGUUGUUCUCGUUGAGUGCACGCGGCACCCACUGCGAACCAGCGGAGGAUAAUCGUCUCAAGUGGUCGGCUGUCAUCCAGGGCGCGAUCGCGUGCGGCAAGUUGCACCGGGGCGCUGCGAAGAAACUUGCAGGCGCCCUCGCGUGGGCAGCGCAGUGCCUGUUCAAUCAUCUAGCCGAGCUUGUCAUAGACGGCGAAGUCCUGUGCGCGGAUCUCGCGCCCGACGCGGUGCCGGCGCUGCUGGACGCGCGUUUCCGCGCGCCGGAGGGCUUGUCGCAGCGAUUGGUCAAGGCCGGCGUGCCAGGCGCCCCCGCUUGGGCGCGCGCCCUGGCCCGGGUGCAUCCGCGCGCGCAGGAGAGGCUGCGGGAAAUCGCGGCGAGAAAGCCGCAGCCGCCCCUGGCCCGCCGCCGCUGGGCGCGGCAGGGUUUUCGCGGCCGCCUCGCGGACCGCCGCCAGCGCCUCGCGGACCGCCACCAGCGCCGUCCCGCGCGAUGGAUGAACCAGCGCCUGCGCGUGCUGCUGUUGCUCGCGCCCGAGCGGCGGCCCAGGGCAUCGGUCCGGGCGUGGAUGGCUUUCGCGCGGCGUCGACUCAACAGCGACGGCUGCAGCGCGCUGCCGCCGUCGGCCGACGAAGCGUGCUCGUUUGCGCCCGAGUUUCGCAGCCCGCGCACCUUCGGCAAAUGCGCGGCACAGUUUAAGUACGCAUGCCAGCUGCUGGGCCGGGACGCGUCUGCCUUCACGCAUCCACUGGUCAGGGGGGCCCGCGAGGCCAUCGGGGAGCGGCACGCUAUGAGGCGGCCGCCGAAGCCUUUCGUGCUGCAGUCGCAUUGCGACCCGCUGGCGUUUGAGAGCUUCGCCUUCUCAGACCAGCGCGCGAUGAAGGCGGCGGCGUCGUACGCCGGGGCGCCGAGCGCGGCGCCCUUCACGAGCAAGGCGUUCCGCCGCGGGCACGCAGAGACGAUGCGCAGGUGCAACGGCCGCCUUUCUGAAAUUUUCCGCGAUGCCGAUUGGAGCUCUCGCGCUUUCAAAGAAUAUCUAGAUAUGCACAAGCACGAGGGCGACGCGACCGCCGAAGCGGCGUGGCGCGCCCUGGCCAUGGCGGGCCUGGGCGCCGGCAGCGUUGGGUUCAACGCCCAGGUCGAGCACGCGAGGUUGGUCCGCCGAGAUUUGUGGAGGGCGCGCACCUGCAGGGCGCUGCGCGGGCACAAAUCGCAGGUCGGCCGACGGGCCCCGCGGCGCGCCGCGGGGGUCGCGCCGGGGCGGGUCGCGGCGCGCCCUGGCGCCGUCUGCUUCGCCGGUUUCGCAUUAUUGCUUCGCGCCGCGCUCGCGGGGCGCUCGCCCGCGGUCACUGCUGGCAACGGAGUGAGCGGCGCCCGGUCGCAG